GGCCGUUUUGCGGGUGGCCUUUUUGUCAGCGCUCUACAUCCUCUCCUGUUUCACUUCAAAACUUUCAAAUCAUGAUUAGAUAGAAAACAAACGAGCGGCGACUUUGGGAGCUGUAAGGAAUCGAUUUCACUCACAAGCUGCAGAGAUGGCUCGUUUGGGGCAGCAGGGCGAGAUGACUGAGUACAGGAAGAUUGUGAUCAAGCGGGACCUGGAGAUGGGCGUGGUCAUGACGGUGUUUCGGCAGAAGGCAGAGCGGCUCACGGUGCAGGUCAUCAUGGAGACCCGCCAGGUGGCGUGGACACGUACCGCAGACAAGACUGACGGCGUCUUGGACCUGUCUGAGAUCCGAGAGAUCCGUCCGGGAAGAAACUCCAAGGACUUUGAACGCUUCAAAGAUGGGAAGGACAAGCACGAUGAGAGCACCUGCUUCACCAUCUUUUACGGCUCCCAGUUUGUUCUCAGCACCCUCAGUCUGGGAGCUGAUUCUGUGGAUGAGGCGCAGAAAUGGCUGGUGGGACUUGAAAUGCUGAGGGAGGAGACUCGGGCGUCACCAACCCCGGUGCUCAUAGAGAGCUGGCUGAGGAAGCAGAUGUAUUCUGUUAAUCAGACCAAGACAAACAGCAUCUCCUUGAAGGAACUGAAGGCGCUGCUUCCUUUGAUGAACUACAAGGCGCCGAGCUCUCGCACUUUGAAAGAAAAGUUCCAGGAAGUGGGCUCGAAGAAGGAUCGCCUGGACUUUGAGCAGUUUCAUAAAUUUUACAACCUUCUCAUGUUUGAGCAGAAUGAGGUUCUUGACGAGUUCAAGAAAGAAUCCUGCGCCUUCAUUCUGGGUAACACAGACAAACCGGAUGCUUCGGCCGUUCUCCUGCACGAUUUCCAACGAUUUCUCAUCUAUCAGCAACAGGAAACUUGGGCCAAUGAUCUGAACCAAGUCAGAGAGCUGAUGACAACCUUUAUUGAUGACACCAUGAGAAAAACCAAUGACCCGGAGUUCACCGUCAGCGAGUUCCUCGGCUUCCUGUUUUCCAAGGAGAAUUGUAUUUGGGAUGAGAAGUUCUCAGACAUCAGCAACGUGGACAUGAACAACCCUCUGUCACAUUACUGGGUCAACUCCUCGCACAACACCUACCUGACAGGUGAUCAGAUUCGCAGCGAGUCGUCCACAGAGGCUUAUGUCCGCUGUCUGCGUCUGGGAUGCCGCUGCGUCGAAUUGGACUGCUGGGAGGGCCCCGGGGAGCCAAUCAUUUACCACGGCUGGAGCAGGACGACGAAGAUCAAGUUUGAGGAUGUGGUCAGAGCGAUAAACGAGCACGCUUUUGUCACCUCAGAGUUCCCGGUGAUUCUGUCCAUCGAGGAGCACUGCCCCAUAGAUCAGCAGCGUCAGAUGGCUCGUAUUUUCAGAGAAGUAUUUGGAGACAAGCUGCUGAUCGAACCCGUGGAGCACCUGGCCGAGCAGCUGCCUUCACCCACGCAGCUGAAGGGCAAGAUCAUACUGAAGGAGUUUGGAGACACAAAUGAAACUGUUAAGGACAACGAGACAGUGGAGGAAGUAAAACCUAACUAUCAAAAAAGCUUGAUGUCGAUGUCAUCAUUUCUGUCAUUUGUUUGCACGUGUUUCAGGCGAGGCGGGAGGGUGCAGCACUGUCGCAUUCGCUCCGUCACAGAGGGCGGACACACCUCCUUCUACAUGACGCCAAACCUGCACUUUCCCAGCGUGUACGCCCUGAUCCAGCACUACAAAGACAGCCCGCUGCGCUGCCAGGACUUUGAGCUGCGCCUCACCGAUGCCGUACCAAAACCCGACUCACAUCUGCAAGAAGGGUUUGUCCCACGGUGCUAAAAUGCAUCACACACAUCACAGGGUGCUGAAUCGUUUUGCAGUGUGAUGAGAAAUAACGAGUUAAUCAUUCACAACUUCUCAGCUUAUAUUCUGUCAUUCAGAGGUGACGGUAAGGUGAAACACUGCCGCAUCCAGAAGGAGGGCAACAUGUAUCUGCUGGGCACCACUACGGAGUUCGAGAGCCUCGUGGAGCUGGUCGGCUACUUUAGGAAGAAACCGCUGUAUCGCAAGAUUAAGCUACGUUACCCGGUCACGCCCGAGCUGGUCGACCGCUUCAGCACACCUAAAAAUACUGUCAAGGCAUUAUACAGCUACCAGGCGAGGAGGCCAGAUGAGCUGAGCUUUCAACAAGGAGCUUUGAUACACAACGUGUCCAAAGAGGCUGAUGGAUGUCAAACAUCACUGGGCCUCUUUGUCUUCCUUUUUGUAGUGAAGAAUGGUAAAUACGGGAAGCCCCACGCAGUGACCUUGCAGGACCAGGAUGAAGACAGUCUGCAGUUUGACUUGACUGCAGGUUCUCUGGAGGAGCUGUUUGAAUGGUACAAGGUGGCAUGGGACAUUAUUCAGAGAGCGGCGAACAAGCAGUACAGCAAGGAGCAAGAGAUGAAACAACAGGUGGAAGUGGAGAAGAAGGCAGAGGUCGCCAAGGAGAUGUCGGAGGUGGUGGUCUACUGUCAGCCACGCAGCAAAGAGAAGGACCGCUUUGAUAAAUACAUGCAGCUGAACAACGCCCUCUUCAGUCUGAACGGACAAACGGGCUACGUGCUGCAGCCGGAGUUCAUGCGUAUGGAUAGCUACGACCCUCAUCAGGACAAGAAGGAAGUCAAAUACAAAAUUGUGGUCAAGGUGAUUGGUGCCAGACACCUUCCGAAGCCAGGCCGCAGCAUCGCCAGUCCAUUUGUGGAGAUCGAGCUGUGCGGGCACACAGAGGAGAAGUACAAGACCAUCGUCUAUCGUGACAAUGGUCUGAACCCAGUGUGGAAAGGCUCAGAGCGCAUAGUCUUGAGUGUGUAUGAGCCUGAACUCACCUUCCUGCGCUUCAUCGUCAACGAGGAGGACAUGUUCUCAGACCCCAACUUUCUAGCUCAGGCCACGUUUCCUGUGAAAGGCCUUCGCUCAGGUUACCGCUCUGUCCCUCUAAAGAACGGCUACAGUGAAGACUUGGAGCUAGCUUCUCUUCUGGUCUACAUCAGUGUGCAGCAGGCCGGGAAAGCGGAGGAGGAGCUGUACUCGUCUUCCAGCCAGCUGAAGAAGAAGCAGGCAGAGCUGGGCGAACCCUUCCUGUACGACACGCACAGCAACCUUCAGCGAUCCUCCCUGGCUCAGCCCACCAACAACCUCAUGAGGAAGGGCAGCACUGGUGAAAAUCCAAGGUCAAAGGAAAAGAAGAUAAACAACAGUAAAUUUUACUCCUGAGGACUCAUUUGUCUAACCUGUGUGAGCAGCAGGCUUCAAAUCUACUAUCAAUGUUUGCUAUGGGAGCUGUGAUCUGGAAGAGCUUUUUUUUUUUUUGCCAUCUUUCCACCGAAGAUGGCAGCAUUCCAGUAUCCCGAAUGGUUUUCUAUUUAUUUAAGAUUGGAAAAAAAUAGUUCCUAACGUUUUGGAGUUUUUGAAAUAUGGAAUUGCUGGAGGAAAUGUAAGAGGCCAUUACAACGGCCCAAGUAGCCAGCAUCGUGCUUGAUAUGUUUGCAUUCAGUCUGUUAUCAAACUGCAUCGUGUUACACUGAUGGUAUUUAUUUUUAAUUAAAGAGCGGAGUCUGAAAUAAUGACGAUUUGACUGCAGUGGCUGUUCUGCUGCCAGGGAGCUUGUGUUUAAUUCAUUUUAGUCAUUUUGAAUGUGUUUUUUUGUGUGCAGUUUCACCAGUGUGACGUUUUUCUUCACAAUGUUUGUUUGAUAUGGAAAUCCAAUCUGUAAUCUCAUGCAGUGAGUGUUUCCUCUAUUUAAUAUGAAGGCAGAUUGUGGUUAUAGCUGUCCCAGAAUUCCUCUGACUUCCUCAUGAAUCGAGUCAAUAAAGUGUGCUUGGUGAACGA